GCGCGGUGUGGGCACGGCAUGGAGGAUGAGUUCCACCCCUUCAUCGAGGCGCUGCUCCCCCACGUGCGGGCCUUCGCCUACACCUGGUUCAACCUGCAGGCCCGCAAGCGCAAGUACUUCAAGAAGCACGAGAAGAGGAUGACGAAGGACGAGGAGCGGGCGGUGAAGGACGAGCUGCUGAGCGAGAAGCCCGAGGUGAAGCAGAAAUGGGCCUCGCGCCUCCUGGCCAAGCUGCGCAAAGACAUCCGGCCCGAGUGCCGCGAGGACUUCGUGCUCUCCAUCACCGGCAAGAAGCCGUCGUGCUGCGUCCUCUCCAACCCCGACCAGAAGGGCAAAAUGCGCCGCAUCGACUGCCUGCGGCAGGCUGACAAGGUGUGGAGGCUCGACCUGGUCAUGGUCAUCCUCUUCAAAGGGAUCCCCCUGGAGAGCACCGACGGCGAGCGGCUGGUCAAGGCGGGCCAGUGCACCAACCCCAUCCUCUGCAUCCAGCCCCACCACAUCAGCGUCUCCGUCAAAGAGCUCGACCUCUACUUGGCCUAUUUCGUCCGUGAGAGAGGUACGGGGGUUCCUUCCCUCUUUCCUUCCCUUUCAGACCUUGCAGAGAGGAUCCCGGCGCUCCAAAUGGCUCCCACCCCGAGCGGGUGUCCCCCACCGUCCCCUUUUCUCCAUCUGACGCCCAUCCCAGUCCGAGGGGCGCCGCUGGUUCUGAGGGCAGUGGUUGGGUGGCACGUUGUGUCCCCGUGUGCUCUGACAUGGGUCGUCCCAAAGCCUUUGGGAUCCAAAUGGGGUGACUGAGGCGCGGUGCAGCACCCAGGCUUGGUAGCCAAGAGUGGUCCCCGAGCCACUGUCCUUGCAUGCCAGGAGAACAGAGCUCGUGCCUCAGGCCAGCUCCUGUGCUAUCCAGGCUCGUCGCCAGCUGGAGCCCUGCUGGCACAUGUGGCCCCAGUGGCAGCAGGCACAUGGGGGGACAAAUGGGUGGAGUCCUUUUGGCAGGGACCUGAGGCCCUGAGCGCAUCAUUUGUGGGGCUGAGGAGGGGUCUCACCCGUACUGCUGGGACACCACGCUCCCCGAUGUCACCCGUGCUUCUCAACAUCCCCUCUGCAUCCCGUUGUCACCCACAUCCCUCUGCAUCCCGGGGUGGGAACAGAGCAGCAAGGAAGAUCAGGGCUUGCCAGUGAAUCUCUGCAGAGCAUCCUGCAGGCAGGAGACCCAUAGCACCAUGCUGUGCUGCCAGGACCCAUCCCCCCCAUAGGGCCAUCCCC